AUGAAUCAUAUUAUCAAAGAUAACCUAAUUGACCUGAACUUAAAACUAACUGAUGAAAAUUAAAGACUUUCUUUGCUCGUCUACAGUCUUUAACGAUAAUUGGAUAAGGCAGCAGUUUAAAUAAACUAUGCUUAAUCAUUAGAAGAAAGGUUGGAAAUUGUCUAUUUAGAAUUAAUAUAGUUAAGAAAAGAUAAUCAAAACUUAUUAGAACAAUUAUAUCUCGUUAGUUAAACAUCAAUAUCAAUUGAUAAAGAAGAAGCUGUUUAGCAAGAGAUAUAAAGUGUGAAAAUAUUAUAUGAAUAAAAGUUAUAAGUUUUACUUAAAGAGAAUAAGAGACUUAAUAGGUUAAAUAAAGAAUUGUAGAACAAAUAAAUAAACAACAUUCAGACACAUGCCUCAAAAUUAAUGGAAUUGAGUGUUGAAUUAAAAAACAAGUUGGAUAGCUUUGGAUAUCAACCCUCUUCUUUGAAUUCCUCAUAGGUAGCUCCAAAAGUGUUAACAAAGUAGAUUUAUGAUAACCUUAUCUAAUAAUUGACUCAAAGUAGUGGAGAAGAGAAGACUUUUCGAAUGUACUAAAUUUAUUAAAUAUAAGACCAAAGAGAUUGCCAGUUUUGUAAUCCAAAGAAAUUAGAAUACCAAAAAACAAUAGUCAUAAGAACUUUACAGCUAUUCCUUUUAUUUAGAAUAUUAAUAAUAUUAAAUGA